AUGCAAAUGAGAUUCCAAAACGACGGCUCAUUUCUGGAGAGAUUUCUUCAAAUGAAGAAAAGUGUUGAACAAAACAGUGAACCGAUUGUGAAGACAGAGCCAAAUGACACAACGAAAGCGAUUAAACCCAUAAAAAUGGUGAUCAAAGAAAAUAGCUCCAAAUUGAAAGCCAUUUGUUCAGUGGAGGCAUCGACUGUAAAACUGUUUGAAGAGGACAUCAAAGAGGGUAAGGACAUUGAGUUGGCUAUAGAGAGGACUGCUAUUAGUGUCACAAUGAAUGGCGCAAAAGCGGAGGACAAUAUCCGUGAGUCGAAAGCCGAAGACACGCACUACAGUUGGCUCAGAGAUAAAGAGUCAGAAAAUUAUAGAUUUUAUCAAAAAAGAGUGGAAGAGCUGAAAGAAGCCAAAGUGAGGGCACAGAACGACGGCCUUUUCGAUGACGGCGCCGAGUCGUCGAGCAGUAGACCUGUUAAGAAGAAGCAGAAGAAGUCUCGUUGGAGUGACGAGAAGGUGGACUUAAAGCCAUCGGAUCCCACAUUAAUUGAAUACGCGUUGCAAGUGUUUGGGAGCACAGACUUAACGGCAGACCAAUGGAAACAACUCGAAGAUCAGCGAAAAAUGAAGAUAUUGUUCGAAAUGCUGCAGAAGAAGCAACAGAUGAACCAAAGAUUAGCCAAUAGUGGAAAAGUGAAGUAUGAAUACGAUAGUGAUGAAGAAGUGGACGCGACAGACGGCACGUGGGAACACAAACGGCGCCGACAGGAGAUGCUGGCGACACACACAUUGGCCAAUGAACUGACGGAAAAGGGGUCGGGAAAGCAUCACAUCGGAGACUUCAUGCCUCCCGAAGAACUCGACCGCUUCAUGAAGAAGUGGGAGGCACUCAAAGAUGGCGAACCACUUCCGGAUGAUUCAGAUUACAGCGAUUCCAAACUCAAAGAGGAUAACGUGGGCUUUAAAAUGCUUAAGAAGUUGGGAUGGAGUGAGGGUCAGGGACUUGGCUCACAGGGCACCGGUACUGCCGAACCCAUUAACAAAUCUGUGGGCGCUGUGAACAACGCUGGUUUGGGUCAAACACGUCCUGAAGAACUUAGUAAUACCGACGAUGAAUAUGAAGCCUAUCGGAAGCGAAUGAUGAUGGCCUAUAGGUUUAGACCCAAUCCUCUGUCAUUCAGUGAGGCCUUCCUCAUCACCAACACAUCCAAUGAUACAAACAGAUGUCAUCCCAAGUAUAACCCAUACAGGAGUAGCAAACAAUGUCUUCAGGAGACCCGUCGCAAGCAAUUCAUCGACAACCAGAAGAAAAAUCGGGAACAAAUUGUAUCGAAAUUUCGACACCUUUUGGAUGAAUCGUCUCCAGAAAGCACUAAAUGUGAACCAAUGGACACAAGAAGUGAUCCAAAAAGCGGUUCAAAGGAGAGGAAGUUUUAUGUGAGUAAAGCGAAGAACCAGUUAAUGCUAUCGGAAUGGUUGGUCCAAACACCUGAAGAUUUUGCCACAAAUUGGUAUUUAGUGUUGUGUCCGGUGGGCAAGAGGUGUCUCGUGGUGUCCACAAGGGGUCAGACGAAGGUUUACUCUCGAACGGGAUAUUUGAUGACAACGUUGAGGACAAGACUUCCCGGAGGAGACACUAAGACAUCGAAAGACUCGAAACACAACUGCAUUCUCGACUGUAUUUACAGCCAAUCAGAGAGAGUGUAUUACGUGUUGGAUGUGAUCUCUUGGAAUGGAUGCCAUUUCGAUGGAUGUGAUACUGAGUUCAGGUUCUUCUGGUUGAACUCCAAACUGCGCGAAGAAUGUCCGCAAGUGACACAAAGAACUCAUUGCAAUUCAUAUCCAUUUGUUGCGCUCAAGCAUUACGGGUGCUCUGAAUCGGAGAUAGUGUCCACUCUUAAGGCGCCCAAACAGUUCUCGUCAGCACUGGACGGCCUACUCUUCUUCCAUAAGAUGUCUCAUUACACCCCAGGAGUCACCCCUUUAGUCAAUUGGCUUAAACCACACAUGCUUUCAGACAUUCUCAACAUUCAUAUCGAUUAAGACAAACAUAUAUUGAUUGUCACAAUGCGACCAUUCAUUCAAUUAUUUGUCAUUUUAUUUAUAAAAC